AGCUCUAUUUACUUUGUAAUCUCUUCCAUUUAUUGAAGUUUGAUCAUGGCACAAGUUGUUUUUCUAAAGCAACCCAAAUCCAGCAUCAUUUCGCUGGAUCUACGCAAAUAAGCAAUAACCCCAAGGCAUCGUUACCGUUAUCCAAAACCAAAUGCAAUCAUCGAUCAUAGCAUGAUAGAAUUAGAAGCCAUUUCACUUCACGUCUUUCUUAACUCUUCCUCAAAUCACAAUACUCGUUCACAUGUUUUUCCUUGUGUUUUUGCGAAUACUCUCAGCUCUCGCCACGUGUCCCAUGGUUUUCUGCAUUACUUUCCUUCGUUCUCAGGUAACAGUCAUGGAACACUCCCGCACCAGAAAAAGUAACUAACUCUUCCUCUUCACCGUAUAAAUAGCGCCAAAUCAAAAUCAAACCACCAUCCGGUUGCGUUUUCAAGCACCGUCAUCGGGUUUCUCUCCAACGAACUCUUACUUUUCGUUUUUUUUCUUUCUUUCUUUCUUUUCUCGCGCUUUUUCUCCGAUUUUCUCGGGAAAGUCUUUCGAAUUUUCUGCAGCGAUCGGUUUCGGACUCCGAUUUCGCGACUCGCUAGGGUUCCUUCGUUUGCCCUAUGGAGGAGGAGAAGAACGUGUGCGCGUCGGAGUCGGCGGUUACGGGGAGCCGCGAUGUUUGGAGUUCCGAACCCUCGCUCGCUUCCUCCGCCGAUCACCUCGUUGUAAUGGUGAAUGGAAUCCUCGGAAGUCAAACGGAUUGGAAAUAUGCAGCGGAGAAAUUUGUCAAGGAGUUGCCGGAUAAAGUGUUUGUUCACUGUAGCGAACGAAAUGUGUCUAUGCUUACAUUAGAUGGUGUGGACGUAAUGGGAGAGCGAUUGGCACAAGAGGUGCUUCAAGUGAUUCAAAACAAGCCAAAUAUGCGUAAGAUAUCCUUUGUUGCACACUCAGUGGGAGGAUUAGUGGCGCGUUAUGCAAUUGGGAGGUUGUAUAGGCCACCUGAAAAAGGAAAUAUGGAGGACUCAGUCAAUGAAGAAAGUAAGGAGGGCUCAAUACCUACAAUAGGUGGCUUGGAGGCGAUGAAUUUCAUAACUGUUGCCACACCUCAUCUAGGAUCAAGGGGCAAUAAGCAGGUUCCAUUUCUCUUUGGGGUACCUGCUUUUGAGAAGGUGGCUAGUUGUGUUAUUCAUUUGAUUUUUAGAAGAACAGGUCGGCAUCUUUUCCUCACUGAUUAUGAUGAGGGAAAACCUCCACUGCUUGAACGGAUGAUUGAAGACUCCAAUGAUUUGUAUUUCAUGUCUGCAUUGCGCGCUUUCAAACGUCGGUUUGCAUAUUCAAAUGUCGACUAUGAUCAUAUUGUUGGCUGGAGAACAUCAUCCAUUAGACGUCAGAGUGAACUUGCAAAUUGGAAGGAUACCAUCAAUGAAAAAUAUCCACACAUUGUAUAUGAAGAACACUGCAAGGCUUGUGAUGCUGAGCAGUGUGACAUAACAGAAGAUAACAGCUCCGACAAGAUAGAAGAGGAGCUUGUGACAGGCUUAUCUCGUGUGUCAUGGGAAAAAGUAGAUGUUACCUUUCGCAAUAGCAAAUAUAGAUUUGCUGCUCAUAGUGUCAUUCAGGUCAAAGACCAAAUCACACAUAUAGAAGGCGCAGAUGUCAUACAGCAUAUGAUUGAUCAUUUUAUUGUCUAGAAGCUUUUUCUGUCUAAACUAUGCUUCCUUCUUGGCGAUAUAAGCUUAUCAUAGUUGCAGGAUGGAAACAAUUGGUUCCCCGAGUGACAGUUCUUCGUUUGUUGCGGUGAAGAAAUUGAAAUUUUGCUUAUUGAUCAUCCUUUGCAAUGUGUAUAUAAACUAGUCGGGAAAUCCGUACAAUGCAUGGGGACAAUAUAAUUUCAUCUAUUCCAUUUUUCUUGUAUAAACUUUGUUUUUUUAUUUAUGAAUUUAAUCUAUAUGCAUCGACAGUGUAAAUGCUUUUUACACUGUCAUCCGAUAGUAGAUUAUCAUGUAUAGUUUGUUGACUGCAUAACAACUACUUUAAAAAUCAUACCUAUAAUGAUUUUUUAUUGAUUAA